UUGUCCCUCUAUUGUCACUAUACUGGACCCGCCUCUCAUUCAAUUGUGCAGGGUCCGGACCUUCUGUUUCAGAAACAACACACCUGUAUACCAUCAAGCAGGAUGGAACAAUCACUGUCUCUCAUCUCUGCCCAGGUCCAGUUCAUGGAAGACCGACUGGCCCUGGUGCAUAUCCCACUGGACCUCUAUCCUUUCUUCUUGAACCCAAUCCUGCAGAUUCUCUUCCAUGAGGUGUCUCCUAUCUCUGAGAACCAGGCGGAAGAGGAUGAUGGGUAUGCAGAGCGCCCAAGGCGCCUACAACCGGCAUUUCUGAACUUCUCACUCACCCCUGUGGAAUGUUCAAUCAUGUGCCCCAGGCAGCUCGCUAAUGAGUAUUUCGCCCCUCUGGUAGACAAAUUUGUUCAGAGCAACUCGUCCGGCAAGAGCCGCCUGUCUAUCAGCAGCGACGACUUCAUCGCCAUGCAGGUGUACGGGGAGGGUCUUGAGGCGGGCCAGCGGGUGCUCGAGCUCACGAGCCCGCUGGCAAUGGCAGGAAUCUCUAUCUUUUUUAUCUCUACAUACUUUUCUGACUACAUCAUCGUGCCCCUCCGGAGCAAGACGCAAGUGAUCGAGGCUUUAGAGAAACGGGGGUUUCAGUUUGAAAUGUCAACGGAGGCUUUCAUCAACAAUAACCAAGCCCAAUACAAUAGCUGCUUUAGCCCCAUGUCUUCUCGGUCGGCAAGCAGUUUGGGUUCCCCUCCUGCAACCCCGCCGCCCUCGUCACUGGACGAACUGCAGGCGCGCACUUUUUGCUCCCUCCGCAAGCACCACAUUGUCCCGUCUGUCGACAGGUCUCUGCGUCUAGUCCAGUGUGCCGCGCAUCACCGCUACAGCAGCGAUACUAGCUCUAUAUCCAUCCUUCGUGACGCCCUCACCACGGCCUUGGUCGUUGACAAGCCACGCUUUUUGUCUCUCACUUUGACCGCUGCUGAUCCUGCGGCGUCCUUAUUAUUAGAGAAACGGCUCCUGCCGCGAUUUUCGAGCGACCCAUCUGCGACCACGGAUUCAGAUGAUGAUAUGAGUCUUCUCUUAGGCUCUAAAGAGGAGAUACUCGUUCCCAUAAUGCUUGACUUGCGUACGCUUCCUCUUGAAGCCUCAGGUAUCGUGUGCGGUGUUGCCGGUAGACUGGCCGACGCAACGCACGCCCGAGGUGACGAGGACACUGACAUCUCCACCAUCCUUUCCCAUUCAUGGAACGGCGGUGGUUCCUCCUUCGACAGCGCAAUCAAAAACAUUCUUUCCUCCAGCCACGGAUCUGGCGGGCCUGUAAGACCCUUCGGUACCAGUCCCGGCUACAAGACCCAUCGGCUGGAGCCAGACAUGGACCCCUACAUGGACGCCGUGGAGAUCAGUUUCCUUAGCACCGCACGGGCGGGAACGAUCAUUGUCGGUGAGCAUGAGCUCCAUCGUGCCGUCGACGCACUCGAGGCUGAAAGCCACGAACCCGAAAACGCAAUUGCGGCGCUCCAAAUCUAACUUUCUCACUUGACUUUCAUCAUACCCCUUACAAAAGUUCUAAACAGGUUCUCCGCAUUCAUUUUAUUUGUUUAUUUCCGGCUUGGCCCAGUCAAUCCAGCGCAGCAACCUCGUUCCAUUUCCCAUUCUACUACUUGUUUCUGUUUCUCUGCCUUGUCUUCUAAUGACUCAUGCUUAAACGGAUACCAAAAACGCUGCA